CUCAAACCAUUAUUCUCCUCCCACAAGCCCUUGCCAUUCUGUUAGUCUCUUCUAUCAACUUAAUAAUAUUUACGUUAUGGCUUCCAAAGCCUUUUCCUCCACCGCACUUCUCCUCAUCUCUCUCAACCUCCUUUUCUUCUCCUUGGCCUCCUCUCACUACGUCCCAUGCCCACCUCCCCCCUACAAGCCCAAACCUUCUCCCAAGCCAUCCCCAACGCCAGCCUACCCUUCCUGCCCCAGGGAUGCUCUCGAGUUGGGCGUGUGCGCCAACGUGCUCCAAGGCUUGAUCAACCUCCAACUUGGUAAUCCGCCAAAGAAACCAUGCUGCAGCCUUCUCGAGGACCUCGUUGAUCUCGAAGCAGCCGUCUGCCUCUGCACUGCCAUCAAGGCCAAUAUCUUGGGCAUUAACCUCAACGUCCCCGUCGACCUAAGCCUGCUUCUUAACUACUGCGGCAAGAAGGUCCCAGCCGGAUACGCGUGCGCUUAGAUGUUUCCAUCCUCCGUCUCCCUCCAUCUAUCAUGUUCCAAGUCUAUGUACUUUGUGUUGGGUUCAAAAAGCUCUUGCAUUUAUGGUGAUGUUUUAGUCUUAGGAUCUUAAAAGGUGGAACGCUCGGUACUCCUAUGACAUUCCAUCUCCAAUUAUAAUAAUUAAAUACAGUACGAUGCUAAAUAAGUACUGUUUGUAA